UGCAAAGGGUAGAAAGAAGAUCUAGUCACUUUACUUCCAUUUUUGCCUGCUGCACCUGAUCCCAUCUCUGAAUAGAUCAACCAUGGAUGCCAGUUCGGUUUCCAUUUCUCUGACAGGAAAGGCAGCAAGUUAUUUAACAGCGUGCAGACGUCUCCGCUGCCGGCACUCUGCUGAUUGGGCGGAGGGGGCGUCGAGGAGCCGCUUGGAUCUUUUCCUCUGGGGAAGCCACGGAGCAUCGCUGAAUUGACAACCUGAAGACCGGGAGUGGCGUGUUGAAGAAUGUCUCAAAAGGAGAAAAAAAAGAAGGGCUUUCGGCAGAAACCACCUCCCAUCCUCAAGUAUUUGCAGGGUAUCCUUCGCAAAUACCCAGAUGGAGGGCAGAUAUUAAAGGAGCUGAUCCAAAAUGCAGAUGACGCGGUUGCUGAAGAGGUGAUUUUACUCUACGAUGAACGGAGUUUUGGAACACAAAGUCUUUUCUCCGAUGGACUGGCAAGCACCCAAGGACCUGCACUUCUGGCUUACAAUAAUGGCAUUUUCUCUGAGGAUGACUGGGAGGGGAUCAAGAGUCCCGGCAUCAGUCAUAAGGAAGAUGAUCCAUCUACUGUUGGUAGAUUCGGCUUAGGCUUCAAUUCUGUCUAUCAUAUUACUGAUUUUCCAUCAAUUCUCUCUGGUGAAUUUUUGGGAGUGCUGGACACACAGCAAAUAGCACUUGAGGAAGGAGGUCAGCUGUGGAAUAUAGAGGAAUGGGAGGAGGCAUCUGAUCAAUUCCAACCAUUCUGGGCAACACUGGAAUCCCUUGGUAAACCCUGCCCAGCAGUCAAAGGCCACUUCCCUGGCACCCUCUUUCGCUUUCCUAUUCGGCAGAGCCCCUCCAAGAUCUCAGACAACAUCUACAGUGCACAACGGGUGCAGGAACUGCUGCGCUCAUUCUUAAAUGAUGCCCCCAUUAGCUUGCUGUUUCUCAGGAACAUCCAGAAAGUGACCCUGGGCAUGGUUGGGUCCGACGGUGCCAUUUGUGAGCUGCUAAAGGCUGAUGUCUCAGCUCGUCCAUAUUGUGAGUCAAAUGCCGUUCAAGACGUUCAAAAACCAAUCAAAGCAUCUCUGAACCAGGGUAGAAACAGAAGUAUCUCAGAAAUAUUUGCUGAUUACAAUCUUGGCGCCACACUGGAGACCAAUGGCUGCAUCAAAACACUUGCUUUACAAGGUAGUGGGGUUGCUAAAGCCACCAGCUGUGAGUGGCUCAUAUUGUCAGCAGAAGCAAAAAAAAAUGCUCUCCGGGGAUUGUGGGACCUGGCUGAGAAGGUGAGAUCCACACCAGCAUUAUCCUUGGCCUACUGUUUGCAGGACAGAUGCACCGGCCGCCUUAGCUGUGUCUUGCCUCUCCCAGCCACUGAGGAAAACGUCACUGGAUUGCCACUGCACAUCAGUGCUCCCUUUCAACUCACUGAUGACAGGAGGCAUGUGCAGUGGUCUGAGGAGGGGUCCCAGGCACGGGGGGCUGAGGGCCGUUGGAACCACUUACUUAUGGAGGAGGUACUGCCUGUUGCUUAUUGCCAAAUGGUGGUGCUGGCCUCCUCCUGUCCUGGUGACCCAUAUGGGGCAUGGCCAGACCCAACUCAUAGCCAACAACUCCGGUACAAGCCUCUAGUAACUGAAAUAUGCCAGAGAUUAAGGAACAUGAAACUCUUGGUGAGGGUUGGAGAGGGGGACCCUCGCUUGCUCCAUCCUUCUGAAGCCAUCCUUUUGCCAAAGCCAGUCUUGGAUAAGCCCAUAGGCCCAGUGCUGGAGAAGGCCCUCCUUUUGGCAGGAUCACCGCUGGUAGCAGCCCCUCCUCAUGUGCGUCAAGCCUUGGUGUUGGGUGCAAAAGAUGGGACAGUAGUGCAGGAGGCCACAUCCAAGUUUGUGGGAGGGGCACUGCAACGUGCUGCCAACAUCUGGAAUUGGCUCACAGAGUCUGAGAAAAAGUUGUUAUUGGAAUAUUUGGUUGAAGAUGGGUGUUACCUGGAACUGAAGGAUCUGCCCCUACUUCCAACAGCCAAUGGGCACUAUACCUGCUUUGGAGAUGCUGGAGAGACCGUAUUUAUUGAGAAUCCUAACUUUCCCAGAAUUCUUUUGCCUGGUUUGGCCAACCAAUUUCUUCCCAAAGAUCUAACUCCUGUGUUGCUGAACCAUUUGCAAGCAAUUGCCAAAAAAAGGUUAUUCAAAAAUCUGGUCUCCUUGAAUCAAGCCAUCAUUGAGAAGAAUCUUCCCAGAGCUCUCCCGAGAGGUUGGGUCAGCAGCAAAUCUGUUCCUGUUAUUUGGAGCCCCAGUGCGUAUCCUGGCGAACCUCCCCUUGAGUGGAUUUCCGCUUUCUGGACUUUCCUGGCACACCAUGCCUCUUCCCUGGAACCCUUUGAGGGAUGCCCGAUAAUACCACUGACGCCUCUGUAUAAUUCUCUCAAUGGCAUUCAGUUGGCUCGACUUUUGCCCCAACCCACCCUCAUAUUCCAAAGGCAUAAUGGGCACUGUUUGCCAGACGCAGUGGCUAAAAUUUUGGAAGUGUUGGGCUGCACCGUGAUCCAGAAGUGGGACUCCAGUUGGUCCCACCACCAACUAAAAGAAUAUGUUCUAGAACCCACACCUAGCAAUGUCCUGCAAGUUUUUGUCCAUCUGGGAGUAGCAAAUGUAACAAACCACCUGACAUUUUUGUCCACCUGCCAGAUUGAAAGCUUGAGUGCUUUUCUCUCUACAGCUGUCUCAUUCUCUCAAAAAGAUAUCGGAGUCCUCACUAAAUUGCCACUCUUCUUCAAGAUGCCUUCUCUUCUUCCACCUUCCAAGGCAGCCUUGGUAUCAGCCCAGGAUUAUUUGGCUUUAGAAAAGACCUUGGUUCCACCAGUGCCUACAAAUCUCUUGACUCCAGAGCCUGUGCUCUUGUGUCGCAAUGAAGCUGAACGAUGCUUGCUCUUCAAAAUCCGCAGAAAGCUUCUGGGGACGCCGGAUCUGUGCUUGCUGUGUGUCCGAGCAAUGAAGAAGGGGUCCUAUGCCAAUCGGACUGAGGAUGCCAAGCAAUUCAUGUUGUGGUUAUUGCGCAAUGGAGAUACACUUUUUAGCCAGAGCCAAGAAUUACAAGCUUUGUGCCACGAUCUUCCAUUUGUGGAUUGCGGAUCAACAGAAUUGCUUCGUCCCUGUCAUCUCUACGAUCCAGAGAACAGCACAUUGCUGGCUUUAUUAAGACCGAGCCAUUUUCCCAAAGGGCCCUUUCAGGAGCAAGCAAUGUUGCGAAUCCUUCGUACGCUGGGUCUGAAAUCAGAUCUUAGUGCUGUCUCUCCAGCAGAUGCAAUAACUGCUGCAAGGGAAGUGGCUGUAAGUGAAAUGGCAACUGCCAAGGCCAAAUCCCAGGCCCUUAUCCGGGUUUGCAAUGAGAGUCCCCUACUGUCACGUUUAUCUCCUGAGAUGCUGAAGCAGCUGAGGUCCUUGCCUUGGGUUCCUGCCAUCAAUUCCUCUAAGCUUGGGCCAGCUGGAGUCUUCCUAGCACCUGAAUCAAUUCGUUCAGAGAGGUAUGCAGGUCUUGUAGGACAGGUCAUGGGACUGACAAAUGCUUUUUGGGCCCACGCUGCAGAAGAAUUGGGCCUGGAACGCUUACCUCCUCCAGAAAAGGUGAUGGAAAACUUAGCUGACCUGGUACAAGCCUAUUGCCCUAAAGAGACACCCCUGUUAACUGCAAAGUUGCGUAGCAUCUAUCAACACAUGCAACAGCAUCUCUUCGAUUUCCCGCAUCCACCCACGUACACUUCAGUGUGGAAUGGGAAGGGCUUCUCGUGCCCAAAAGACGUGGUACUGUCCUUUCCUAAUGAUUUGGACUUUGCACUCCUAAUGCCACGAGUUCCUCCGGAUUUCCAAGACUAUAGGCAGCUUUUUGCAAAAUGGGGUGUCCAGCAGUCACCCAGCGAGAAAGAUGUAGACCAGGCUCUUCGUAAGCUGGCAGAACAAAUCAAUGCCAGACCAAAAGGGGGUACACAGGCUGAACUACUCCUCUUCAUAGCUGUUUUGGACUGGCUUAGCAAUCAAGGUCACCAUGGGGAAGAGGAAAUGCUUAUACCGGUGCAGAUCGUAGGUUUGGUUGGUUUUGCUCUUCGCCCUGCCAGUUCAGCACUGUAUUGUGACAUGGAUCGUGCCCAUCUUGCUGAUUUGGGUGGAGACCUACCCAUUUUGGUGCAUGAAGCGGUUUCUUCUGCCACAGCUGCUUUCUUUGGGGUGGAGAUGAUGAGUACCAAGUUGUCAGGCUUAGAACUGUUUGAGGCUUGGGGGCCUUCAGAGCCCAUCACUCUCCGGAUCCGUAACAUCCUUCGGGAGUACAGCCAGGAUGCUGAUGUGUUUCAGGAACUGCUGCAGAAUGCCGAGGAUGCCAGUGCUAAGACUUGCCACUUCUUAAUAGACCUCCGGCAGCAUGACGCUACUAAAGGACUUCUGGAUCCUGGCAUGGCUACUUGCCAAGGCCCGGCCCUUUGGGCCCAGAAUGAUGCACUGUUUACUGAGGCAGAUUUCUCCAACAUUACCCAACUAGGUGCAGCCACCAAGGAGCACCAGGAGGACAAGAUUGGUCGCUUUGGCCUAGGUUUCUGCACUGUCUAUCAUAUGACUGAUGUGCCUUUCCUUCUCAGUGGUCACACUGUCCUUAUCUUUGAUCCCAAUAUCACCCAUCUCCGAAAACAUAUCCAUAGUUCAGCCCGACCAGGCAUCCGUUUGAAUUUGACCUCCAGAGUCGCUGCUUCAUUUCCAGAGCAAUUUUGGCCUUUCAGGGGAAUAUUUGGAUGUCGAAUUGGAGAGAAAUAACAAGGCACUCUGAUCCGUUUGCCUUUCCGCACUGAACAGGAGGCCAAAGAAUCUCAGAUAUGCCCUGAGCCAUUUGGACCCAGCCGGAUCAAAGGACUAGAAACUGGUUUCCAGGAGAUGUCCCAGUACCUGCUGAUUUUCUUGCAUAAUGUGCAGGAGGUAUCACUCUCCUGCCUUGCACAGGGUUUCAGUUCUCCAGAGGUUGUGCAGCCACUGGCAACAGUAAGCCGAGAAGUACUGAAUGAGAUGGGCUUUGCCCUUAUACGAUUGAGAACAACUUGGCAAUCAGUUGUGGAUAUCCACCAUUUUCUGCUUCAUGCAUGUUCAGCUGGUGGAGAAGCUGAGGAAAUAUUCAGAAAGGGAAGAAAAAGGGGUAUCCAUUUCUUGCCUCCUUCUGCUAGGGUAGCCUUACCACUCCGCCCUAGUACCACCAUUGGACGAUGGCUCCCGGAUAUACGUGGUUUUAAAGGCCAUGUCUUCUGUUUCUUACCUCUUCCCAUUGAAUCAGGUCUCCCACUGCAUCUCACAGCUCCCUUCGCUGUGCUUAGUAAUCGCAAAGGACUCUGGGAUACCACAGAAAAGGGCCAGUGGAAUAUAGCACUGCUACGAGAUUCAGUGACAGCUGCAUGGCUUGGGGCACUAAAUCAGCUCCGACACAUGUACAAACAAGAACUGCUGGAGGACUACGAGUAUUAUGAUUUUUGGCCUGAUAUAUACAGUACCAAAUAUCCUUUCACUGAAGCAGCCAAAGCCUUCUAUCAAGCGCUAAUCGAUGGAGUAAACGGGGAGCAGCCAGUUCUCUUCUCUGAUGGACAAAAAUGGCGCCCACUUAAUCAUGCUUGCAUUUUGGAUGAUGAUAUCAUUUGCGAGACACAACUGAGUUCUAUAGCAGUGAGAGCCUUCUCGUUACUCUUACCAGAACCACAGAUUGUAGUGCUUCCUGGGAAUAUGCGUAAAAUCUGCUGCCCCAGUGAGAUUUACUACCACAAGCUGAAUUCCUUAGUACAUUUGAUUGAACCAAUCCUGGACAAGGAAGCCCUUGGGGGAAACUCCAAGCUCUCUAAGGAGAUAAUGGAAUUCCUAGGAGUGAAAUGCAAACCAUCUGUAACUACAGUGCUAAAGCAACUGGAGAAAGCAUCCUUUUGUUCCAAUGCUCUCUCCAAAAAAAAGUUGGCUAAGAUGGUCCAAAAUUGUUAUGCUUUUCUCAAUGAUGCAGUCCAGAACAAUGAAAGUAGGGUAGAGAUAGCGCAAAAGGCACAGACAUUCCCCUUCAUCCUGGUCAGUGUUGGCUUUGUGCCAAUAUGUAAAGUGUCUCACAAUCUGGCUUUCGACGCUAUUCCAUAUCUCUUCAAAUUGCCUGAGGAGUACUGGCAACAAAAGAAUCUGUGGGAGUGUAUCGGUCUACGUGAUGUAUUUACCUUGGAUGAUUAUGCUUCUGUUCUGGAAGCCCUGGCUGAAAAUACAGCUGGACAGCCACUUUCUGUAGAAAAACUAGAAAUUGUACUUAGGUUGAUCACUGCAGGACUUGCUGGAGUUUUGCCAGAAAAUCAACAACUGGAUUCUUAUUUGUCCCAGAAAAUGUUUUUCCCAGACCAGGACAAAGUCCUACGACAAUUGCCUAAGCUGUUGUUUGAUGAUACUCCAUGGCUCCCACGUGAGAGUGGAACACCAUUUUGCCAUAGUAUGAUUCCACGGGAAAUUGCUGUGCGCUGUGGCAUAUCGACCAAAAAGCACCGUAUACUGUCCAGGUUACGGAUUCAGAAACUUUCUCUUUGGGGCACAGAUUUUGGAGCUAAGGAGGACUCUUGUACCCGCCUAUCUAACAUCCUUCGGGAGUAUUCCUCUUCACAGGAUGUGCUGAAAGAGCUGCUGCAGAACGCUGACGAUGCUGGUGCGAGUGUCAUCCAUUUCCUUUGGGAUCGCCGCCAGCAUCCAACAGAGCGUGUUUUCAGUGAUGACUGGAAGUCUCUUCAAGGUCCAGCCCUCUGCAUCUAUAACAACCGGACCUUCCAAUUGAGCGAUAUUGAGGGGAUCCAGCGCUUAGGCCAUGGUGGCAAAAGAGGAAGGUGGGAUGCUACAGGAAAAUAUGGUCUGGGAUUCAACACUGUUUACCAUUUGACAGAUUGCCCUGCAUUUGUCACAGGGAAUAGAACACUAUGUGUCUUUGAUCCCACAUUGCGUUAUCUCCCAGAGUCUGAUGAGGUUUCACCUGGUGCACAGUACAAUCUCACAAAAGGUUUCAGAGAGGCCUUUUUGAAUAUUUAUGACACCUUUUUGCCUGAUGUGUUUGAGUUGGAACAGGGCACACUUUUCCGGUUGCCCCUGCGUACUCCUGCAGGGGAGAACCUCUCUCCUAUUUGUCAGAAAUCAGUGUCUGAGAUAGAUAUGGAGAAUAUGUUGGAAGCUCUUAAAGAAGACGCAGAAUGUCUCAUGGUGUUCCUCAAUCACAUUCGCACUGUAAUUUUCUCUGUUAUGGGUGAGGAAGACAGGAAACCCAAAGAGUUAUUGCGGGUUGAAACUGAAGGAGGGGAACCUGGAAGGCUCGAGUACCAGAAACAUCUGCAGCAGAGAGCUGCAGCAGGAGGCCUGGAGAUGAGCAAACCAGUAACCGUCUUCUACAAAAUGAAGAUCAGCACUAAUCUCUUGCGUGAUCCCAGCAUCUGGUGGGUUGGAAGGCAAAUUGGAAUGGACAGCCCAGAGACCAUAGAGGGCAUGCUACUGCCAUAUGGUGGUGUAGCUGUUUGUCUUAAUAGACAAGUGUGUGGGAGGGCUUUCUGCACAUUGCCCCUGCCAGGAAGGACAGGCCUUCCCAUCCAUGUCAAUGGGAACUUUGAUGUGGAUUCAGCUCGGCGUGACUUAAGGAAAGAUAGCAGUGAAGGGGAUGUCAGUUCAACCUGGAAUAGGUUAGUCAUGCAAUAUCUGCUGGCCCCUUUAUAUGGCCAGUUACUUAAAAACCUGUGCCAGACAUUUGGGAGGGAACCACUGAAAUUUCAUACUCUGCAGAAAUGCCAUGAUCAACUUGCUCAGAAGUAUUUGCAAUAUUUUCCAAUUGUGACCAAAGAUGUAUCCCCUGUUUGGCAGCAGCUGGUAACCCAUCUGUAUAAGCUGAUGCAUAAAGACCAGCUCCCAUUGUUGCCAGUUUAUCAGAAAAAUGUUAAUUACAAAAAAGCCCGUAGAAUUGAAACAAUAAGGGUGUGUUGGAGUGCACCCAAAGAAGAGGAUUCCACCAGAGGCCCCUAUUUCCUGAAGAAUACAAUAGAGGAUAAAAUUCUUGAGCGCACUCUUCAGGAGCUGGGCAUGAGCUUGGUCCCUGCCUUUGAACAACUACAAGAGAUACAUGACCAAUUUGUUAUGGCGGAAAUUGAUGUACUGACUCUCGAUUCUCCUUCCCUCUGUCAUUUUUUGAAGAGUGUGCUCAACUUCUUACCAUGCUCACUAAAUCAAACUCCUGUAAAGAAUCGUUGCAUUUGCUUUGCUCUCCUAACCUUUUCUCUCAGUGGACUGUGCUCUGAUGAUGUGAAUUGCGUGGAAGGACUUCCAUUACUGGUGACUAAUGAUAAUGUGCUGAGAUGUUUCAGCCAACAAGAACCUGUUUAUCAGAAGACCAGUGCUUCUGAGCUUUUCCCACAUCGUCAGCAUUGUUUUUCUGCCUUUGCAGAUUGCAAUCUGAAUCAGCUUCUAUUAGAAAUGGAAUUCCUGAAGAAGUUUACUUUAGAUGAAUCUGUGGCUUACAUACAAGAGAUGUUGACACUGGAUAGCUGGGGUAAUGAUAGCAAACGCCAGAAGAGUUGGUUAGGGAAAGUGUGGAAGUUCUUUGAAAGUCAAAUCUGUGAGACACAGAAUAAGGAAAAAAGGAACGAGCUAUUUGCAAAGCUCAUUUCCCUCUUCAAAGGAUGUACUCUGCUCCCUGUCUAUGGUUCCAGUAUGUUGAUUCCUCUUGAAUCCCUUGGUACGUUGAUACCUAAUAACUUAAGCCCAGUUUGUGAAAUUCUUCAUAAGCUGGGCUUUGCCAAAUUAGAUAAGUCCCUGUUGCCUCCAGAGUUGACUGUAUACUGCAUCAGUCCAGAGCUACUGAAGAUCGAAGACUCUAUAGAAGUGCUGGAGCAACUGUCUACCCACAGUAGCCUAUGCUGGAAUGAACUUGAGUCACUUGAUUAUGAUAUACUCUUGAGGUUUCUCUGUGAGGAUCUGGGAAAGUUAAAUAAUCAAGCAUUAUUAGCAAAACUGAAAGCUUUGCCUGUCUUUGAGACAUAUCAAGAAAAAUAUGUAUCCCUAGUUUCAUAUGAUAAAGUCUAUCGUCUGGUAUCCAAAAAUCCAAAGCUCUGUAAGAACUUUUUGGAACUUUAUGAAUUGGAUGGAAGGACUGUUUUACUCAAGGACACCAGUUGGAAUCAAAAGUUGAGCAAGUGCUUUGGUAUUGGAGAAAUGAAUGAUUUGCAACAGUUUAUGCUACUUUUACCUCAGAUACCCAGUCUUCCUGAGGCCAAAGUACUGGAAGCCUUGAAGUUACUCUUCAACAUCAAGUUACACUAUGAUGAAGAGUAUGAGACCCAGAAACCAGUUGUGGUGUCAAGAUUCAAAUCCUUUGCCUUCAUUCGGGAUGAGGAGAAUGUGUUGCGUCCUGUAUCAUACUUCUACCAAUAUCAGAAUGAUACAAUUUUUCAAGAGUUGGGAUUAUGCUCUCGAUUUGUACCAGAGGAAUUCUAUGAUUCAAUGCGUCCAAUCAAUAUGUUUGAAGUGAACAUGUUUUUAUUGGAUGUGGGUUUGCAGGAGGUGAUUUCUGAGGAAGAUUUUUUGAAAUGUGCUACCCAGGUUGAACGAGAGGCAUUUGGCAGCGGUUCCACUUCUGAAAGUGUCCGAGGAAAAAGUAAAGCACUCUUGAAAUAUCUAUUUUCCAGAGCAAAAGAUGAACUGUCUAAUUCCUUCCUGGCAAAAUUGUCCAAGCUCCGUUUCCUUGUACCACGUCUCCUCCCUGAUAAACUGUGUAGCCUUCACACGCCAUAUGCCCCUUGCAGAUCUCCAGUGGCACCCCAAGGUUCUUUGUACUGUUCAAAAAAUGUUGCACUCUUUUGGACUUCAGCAGUUGCUUUCUCUUUUAAGGACCAUGUUGGAAAAGAAGGUAGGGAUGUUUUAAAAAAACUUGGAGUGAUAUGCACAGUACCUACCGAAGUGGUCUUGGAAAAUUUGAGCAAUGUCUGUCAAGUAACCUGUGAUACCCUAGAAAAUAAGGAAACUCGGGCAGAAGUUCUAAAAUGCAUGUACAAAUUCCUGUCAGAACAGGAAGAAAUAGAUGUGAAUUCCCUUAAAGGCCUUCCUGUGAUACUGACAGAUGAUAAUGAAGUAGCUACGGCAGAAAAUGUGGUGGUCCAUUUGCAACACUCAAAUGACUUUCGGCCAUACAUGUACAUGCUGCCAUCUAAGUUAGGGGGUUGUAUAGAUGUCUUUGAAAAGUUGGGAAUGCAAACUGAGCCAACCAUCUAUCAUUAUGCCAGUGUUCUGGCCAGGAUCCAAGAAGAGACUACAGAACGGAUGAAACUGCAGGCCAAUCUUACUAAAGCAGUGCUCAGGGCCACUCAGUUUCUCUUCCAUCUGUUGGAAGAAGCAAAGGAGCCAGUGGAUUUCUCAAAGCUGCAAGAACUUUAUCUCCCUUGCAUUGAUGGGAAGCUAUAUCCAUCAAACACUUUAGUAUUUAGUUUCUACCAAUCUGGCCAAGAACCCCUUGCUUUGAAAAACACACUUCGCUUUCUGGUUGAUCUCUCUGAAUGUUCCAUAUCAGCGGACAAGUAUAAGCAGUGGAAACUUCUGCGCUUGCUACCUGAAAAUCUGCACCCCAAGAAUUUGGAUAACAUUGUUGAAGAACAACUAGAAGAGACCUCUCUGACACUGUGCAUGUAUCGGGAAUACUGUGAGUUUCAGAACAGUCUCAAAGAACUUCUGGUUUCUCUUGAUUUCCAGAAUGCGCUGAUUGCACUACUGAAAUGGCAGAGUAAAACGGAAGAGAUAGAAGACAUAAAUGACGGACUCUUCUCUCCAGAUCAGCUAGAAGUGGUGUGCUGUGAAAAGCUCUGCAUUGUAAUGGUCUACAACCUGCAACUUUUAGGGGAAACUGAACGUGUCAAGACAGUGCAUGUUGCAACAACACCAGAUGGCAAGACAAAGAUUUACCUUACUCACCAGGAAAGCAUGAGUCGGCAAGAGGGAAUACAUAUUUUCUCAACUCUAGCCAUUGAAAUUAAUAAGCUUUUGGGAGAAAGACUUCAGCCAGAAGCUAUGGGGAUCCUCAUGGAAAUUCUAGCUUGCGAAAGACCUAAAGAUACUGCUAAAGUCCUAGAGAAACGCAGAGUGCCCCUGUAUCAGCAAGGAAACCUAAAUGCUUAUGAUCUUCCUCCUCCAGGAGAAGAUAUCCCUGAGGAAUGGUAUGACAGUCUGGAUAUGAGCAUUCUGCAUACCUUUAUGAAAGGAGAUUAUGUGGGCUAUCUGGCUUCUUCCCAGCCCAAGGAGCAUUACCUGUAUGCUGUUGUCCUUGAAGUACUUGAGUCACAGAAGAAUGGUGCUGGUCAAAUACACAGAUAUCGUAUUGACUUGGGAGGAGGUCGGCAAGAAGAAGUGACUGCUUAUGACUUGUACCAUUUCAAGAGAAAUAAGCCAGUCUCCGAUUCAAAUAAAAUGGUAGUGCUGGCUGCAGUUUCCGCUGAUGCUGCCCAAGUAGUAAGACCAGAUAUUAAUGAGUAUUGGCAUCACCGGCCACUGAGCGAGGUGAAGAAAGAGAUAGAUGCGUGCCUAGAUCAAGUUUGGAGACUUUCAGAAGAGGAGAAGAAGAAAGCCCUUAGAAGAUUAUAUCUAUGUUACCACCCAGAUAAAAAUCUUGGCCAGGAAGAUUCUGCUAAUGAACUCUUCAUAUAUCUUAAAGAAAAUAUCAAGGAGAUGGAGAAGGGAAUGAGGUCAAAUGGCCCCAAAAGUAGCAAUUCCUAUCACAGAAACUUCUCAGACUGUUGGAGUGAAUGGGAUCAGCAAGCUCAUCAGCAUCAACAGAGGCACUAUGAAUUUACCAGAAGUGGUGGUGGUGGAGGAGGAAGAGGAGGAGGAGGAGGAGGAGGAGGAGGCAGUUACGAUUUCUGGUCAUACCAUCGAUGUGGACCAAACUCUUCAAAAUCACAACCAAAUCACUGUUUCCUGGAGGCAAAGCGUUGGCUCCGGCAAGCAGAAUGUGAUCUGCAGGUAGCAGCCAGCAUUGCUGGAAAUGGCAGCACUGAAUGGCUGCUGUAUGUGACUUUCCGGGCUAUGGAGAAGACUCUGACAGCAGUUGAGUACAACCAGGGAGGUGGCUUUAAGAGGAAUCUCUCUCUUGCAAAGCUGGCUGAUAAGGCAGCAUCUUAUGGAUGUGAGCUGGCUAAACUUCCUGAGCAGAUAGAUGUGCUCAGGGAACACGGCGUGGAUGACAAGAUAACACAGUAUCCCAAAUAUCAUACUUUACCCACCAUUCCUAAUGAGGCCUUUUCUGCCUGCAAAGAGCAGGAUGUGCUAUUGUCAGCAUGGGAGAUCUUAAACAUGGUAAAGAGAUGGCUUGGCCUCUAAACACCCCAACCCUGCAAAUAUUAGAAGCUGGGAAGGAGCAUUGUAUAUAGAAUGCAGCAGUACCUGUAAAGACAUUUUGCAGAUAGAUGCUUUAAAAUGAGAAAGAUGGUUCUCUUGAAAAAAAGUAGCCUCACAGAACCUGUAUUCUUUGUAGAUGAUAAAAUAAUAGAGAGUCUAUGAAACAGUAUGCAUAUUUUUUUAAUAUGGACAUUCCAUUUUUUUGUCUUUUGAUAAGUUUCUUUAAUAAACUUGGCUUUCUU